AUGCUGGAUUUCAUGAAGGCCUACGCAAAGAAGCAUAAUAUGCCAGGGGAGUCUGAUAAAGAAGAUACAGCAACUGGUGAUGAAGAAGAGGAUGCAACAGCAAAUCAAACUAGUAGUAGGACAACAGCAAAAAGGAAGGCUGAGACUGUCCAAACUGAAUUACCGACACAAAAGGCUUCAAGAACAAUUGCCGGGAUGAUUAGGAAGACUCCGGAAGAAGUCAUUGAGCUAAGGCACUCGAAGAAUCCUUCUCAAGCCGCAUUGAACGCAGGUUGCUUCAAAAGGAGCACCGAGGAUAAGGAUAGAGUUGAUGAUCAUUGGGCAACAUUUUUCUAUGCUAAUGCCAUUCCCUUCAAUGUUACCCGAUCAAGAUCCUUUGAGAUUGCAUUGGAGUCCACCGGGCAAUAUGGUCCAGGGUACAUCCCCCCAACUAUUCAUGCUCUUAGGCUUCCACUUCUUGUGAAAGCAAAGAAGAAGACACAUGCAUUGAGAGAGCAACAUGAGCUGGCUUGGCAAGAGUAUGGCUGCACACUAAUGUCCGACGGGUGGACCGAUGGGAGGACUAGGCACUUGGUCAACUUCCUUGUGAAUAGUCCAGCCGGGACUUUCUUCAUUGAUAGCGUUGACAUAUCAGCCCUAGUAGCCAGCAAAGAUUUGUUGGCAGAUUUGAUGGAGAAAAGGAUCAACGACAUUGGAAGAGGCUACAUGGUUCAGAUUUGCAUGGAUAAUGGUGCGAACUACAAGGCAGCGGGUAGACUCUUAACGGAGAGGAUCCCUACAUUAUGGUGGACCCCAUGUGCAGCCGAUUGUUUGAACCUUAUGUUGGAGUCCAUUUGCAAAAUCAAGCAAUUCAGCGAGUGUAUUACAAAUGGAAAAAGGGUGUCUACAUUCAUCUACAGGCAUGGCAAGGUUUUAGAUGAAAUGAGAGUGAAGACCGGCAACCGUGAUCUUGUGAGGGCUGGAGCUACUCGCUUUGCCACAAAUUUUCUCAACUUGCAAAGCUUGCACAAACAUAGGCAAGCUCUUAAAGAAUUGUUUGUGGGUGAUGUUUGGCAUAGCAAUAAGAAGUUGUCAACCUCACCGGUGGGACAAAAAGUUCAAGAAGAUGUGUUGUCCAUUAGUUUUUGGAACUCAGUAGAGACUUGCAUGAAAGUUUCUCUACCUCUUCUAAGGGUGCUAAGGAUUGUUGAUGGCGAUGAGAAGCCGGCGAUGAACGAGGUUAUGGAAGCAAUGGAUUAUGCAAAGGAGAGAAUCAAGGCUGCGAUAGAUGACAAACCAACGUUGGUUAAGAAGGUGAUAAAAAUAGUAGAGGACAAGUGGGAAUCUCAAAUGGGGGUGAAGUUGUAUGGAGCUACACUAUUCUUAAACCCAAAUAGGAUCUAUGGUCUCAAAGCUAAGCCCGAGAAAGCACGAUAUUGUCAAAGGCUUCGGCAUAUGUUCAAUGAGGUGCUAUUGCACAUGGAGCCGGAUGAUGAUAAAGCAAGCGUGAUAAGUAGAUUGGAUGAUGACUAUGAAAGAGGUGAAGGUGAAUGCUUCAGCUCUAAGUUGGCAAUCAAUGACCGAACAAAAAAGAGUCCUCUUCUUUGGUGGGGUGCUUAUGGUGGCCUUGCUUAUGAGCUGCAACAUUUAGCAAAGCACAUAGUUAGCCUUUGUGCUUCAGCUUCCGGUUGCGAACGAAAUUGGUCUUGGUUUCAAAAUCUAACUAAUCCAUAG